AUGCAGUCCCAACACUACGCUUCGGUGGUUACAACCGCAGUUCAUGUCAUCUCUACGGAGCGUGUAGCCCUUGCUAAUCUGGAGAGUAUCUACAAGACGAAUGAGCGGGUACGGCAGAACCUGGCGCGUGCAGUAAUCGAGAUCAUUAACAGCAUGAAGAAUGGGGGCAAAUUGGUUAUCUGUGGAGUUGGCAAGAGUGGAAAGAUUGGACAAAAUGUGGUAGCGACAAUGAUUAGUAUGGGCAUACACAGCGCAUUUCUGCACCCCACAGAAGCGUUGCAUGGGGAUCUAGGGCUAAUCAGACCGAAUGAUACUCUUUUGUUCUUCUCCUUCUCAGGCCAGACGAAGGAGCUUCUGCAGCUUCUUCCAUAUAUUCCUUCAACGGUGCCUGUGAUCGCGAUCACAUCUCACAUGGACGUCUCAACCUGUCCUAUUCUCUCAUCCCGACCCAACGACAAGGCGGUUCUCUUACCCGCUCCUAUCCACGAGAGUGAGGAAACAUCAUUUGGUGUCUGCACUCCAACGACAUCAACGACGGUGGCACUCUCAAUUGGGGAUGCAUUGGCUAUUGCCAUAGCCAAAGAACUUUACACCUCACCGGGUAGACGCCCAAUGCAUGUUUUUAAGGGCUACCAUCCAGAUGGAAGUACUUAG